CUCCCAAAGGCCUGUGUGCUGUGAACGAGGAAAACUGCUGAUCCUGCAAAGAUACCACUUUCUUCAGCUGCUCUGAUGAAGUGUUGGACCCUCUUGCCCAGAAGGAGGAAGUUGCUGUGUUUUGAGGUCAGGGUGAGCUGAAGAAUGUCAGAUCAAGGUAUUUCAUGGAGCCUUUGAGCACUAACAUCACUGCUCUCUGCAUGACCAUCUGAGACCAAACGAGCUGGACACAGCCAUGGGGGACUCUCCAGCAAAUGUCCUGGGUGGAGGCAUGGACACACAGACUGAACUGGUGGAGAGGGUGGCAGCCAUAGAUGUGUCUGUUGUCCCAGACAGAAGUGACCAAAAUGGUGAAGACAACCCUGAAGAAAAUGACACAGUCUUUUCUGAUAACAUAAAGGACAUCCAAAGAAAUGGAGUCAGCAGUGACAUGGGAAUCAAUGAACUUCUGCCUUCCCAACAGUCAGAAGAUGCUCACUUGAGGAAUGUUCCCAAAAGACCUCUAACUAGACCUGGCCUGUCCAGUAGGAAGUUGUCCCUUCAGGAAAGAUCAUCAGGAGGUUACUUGGCUUCUAGCAACACUCCAGGUUGUGGUCCCUAUGCCACGGGGCCAUCACCACGUAUAAUCAGGAGACCAACGAUAGAGUCCAAUCGGGUCUCCAUAUCAGACUCUGAGGACUGUGUGCAAUUAAACCAGUACAAGCUGCAGAGUGAAAUAGGGAAGGGUUCCUACGGCGUCGUGAAACUGGCCUACAACGAGAACGAUGACAAGUAUUAUGCUAUGAAAGUCCUCUCCAAAAAGAAGCUCUUGAAGCAGUAUGGAUUUCCACGUCGGCCUCCUCCCAGAGGGUCAAAAGCAUCCUCUGGAGACCAGCCCAAACCCAUGGCACCCCUGGACAGAGUCUAUCAGGAAAUAGCCAUCCUGAAGAAGCUGGACCACAUCAAUAUCGUUAAGCUGAUAGAGGUCCUUGAUGAUCCUGCAGAGGACAACUUGUACAUGGUGUUUGACCUCAUGAGGAAAGGGCCUGUGAUGGAGGUGCCGAGUGAGCAGCCCUUCAGCGAGGAGCAGGCUCGGCUCUACUUCCGAGACAUCGUCCUGGGCAUCGAGUACUUGCACUACCAGAAGAUCAUCCACCGGGACAUCAAACCUUCCAACCUGCUCUUAGGAGACGACGGCCACGUUAAAAUCGCUGAUUUUGGUGUCAGCAAUCAGUUUGAAGGGAAUGAUGCCCAGCUUUCCAGCACUGCAGGGACACCAGCCUUCAUGGCACCAGAGGCCAUCUCACAGACUGGCAAAAGUUUCAGUGGAAAGGCACUGGAUGUGUGGGCCAUGGGAAUCACCCUGUACUGCUUUGUUUAUGGGAAGUGCCCUUUUAUAGAUGAAUAUAUUCUGGGUCUUCAUAACAGGAUCAAGACCAAGCCUGUGGAGUUCCCAGAAGAAGCACAGAUAAGUGACGAGCUCAAGGAGCUGAUACUGCGCAUGCUUGAUAAAAAUCCAGAAACAAGGAUAACAGUCCCUGAAAUAAAGGUGCACCCGUGGCUGAGCAGGGGCGGCGCGGAGCCGCUGCCGCUGGAGGAGGAGCACUGCUCCGUGGUGGAGGUCACCGAGGAGGAGGUCAAGAACUCCGUGAAGACCAUCCCCAGCCUGCCAGCCGUGAUCCUGGUGAAGGCCAUGCUGAGGAAGCGCUCCUUUGGGAAUCCCUUCGAGGUGCAGACGAGGCGGGAGGAGAGAUCCAUGUCUGCUCCAGGGAACCUGCUGAUAACACAAGGCAGCAGAGAAGCAGCCAGGGACCCGGAGCUGCCCGACGUGUGCGAAGACGAGGCCGCGUCCUGAGGCCGCCCGGCCGCCGCGGGCUGGGCGCGCAGGAGCUCCAGCCCUUCGUGGUGUCGCGUAGCACAUCGCCCUCAUCACCCAGCCCGGGGCCUGCACAGCAAAAACAGAACCAGACUAAACCCACCAGAAUCGGACCAAGCCAGAAAGCCAGGCAGGAGGAUCGGAGCAGCGCCGAGGAGCAGAGCGAGCCUCGGGGCAGCGCGGCCGCGUUCCUCGGCCAAGGUGUCCUUGGCUCCUCCGUGUGUGCCUUGCUCUCCACGUGUGCUUCACCUCGGGGCUCUGUCGGGGGUCUCGGCUGAGGAACAGGGGUUUGUUUGUCUCAAGGGUCCUUUUCCCCCCAGAGACUUUUCCCUUGCGUUUUUGCAUUCCC